AUGCGGAGGUUGAUCAUGGUUGUCGCUUUGAGCGCAUGCUGGGCAGAAGAUCCCACAGCGUCGGAGCUGCUGCCGAAGCCUCUCCAAAGUCCGCCCGCUGAAGCUGCUUCCAACGCGAGCGUCGCUGAAGGCAACAGCAGCGUGCCGCUGACCGAGAAGUUGCCAGGCACAGAAGAGCCCAAGAACACCAAGUCAAGUCUCCGCGGUGCUUGGAACAACGACUGGAAUGGUGCAGGAUGGAACGGCGGAGGGGGCAACAACGGUGGAUGGAACGGAGGUGGCAACAACGGUGGUGGAUGGAACGGAGGGGGCAAUGGUGGUCAUGGAGGAGGCGGCAGCUGGAAUGGCGGUGGUCACGGAGGAGGCAACAAUGGUGGAUGGAACGGAGGUGGCAACAACGGUGGUGGAUGGAACGGAGGGGGCAACGGUGGUCAUGGAGGAGGCAGCAGCUGGAAUGGCGGUGGUCACGGAGGAGGCAACAAUGGUGGAUGGAACGGAGGUGGCCACAACGGUGGUGGAUGGAACGGCGGGGGCAAUGGUGGUCAUGGAGGAGGCAGCAGCUGGAAUGGCGGUGGCCACGGAGGAGGCAACAAUGGUGGAUGGAACGGGGGUGGCAACAAUGGUGGUGGAUGGAACGGAGGAGGUAACAAUGGGGGAUGGAAUGGUGGUGGCCAUGGUGGAGGCAACGGUGGCGGCUGGGGCAGCGGCCACAAUCCUCCUUCCAGCCAGUGGGGGCCUAGCAACAACUUCGGUUGGGGCCAUGGUACUUCCGGGGAGACUUGCUGCAUGUGCUCACGGUCGAGAAAUGGCAAGACCCAGCUGUACGCUGCCGGAGACUACAAUCACAGGUACGGCUCACAGAGUGCCCACGAGCAUUGUGAUGAUGUUUGUGAGAUCCAGUGCCACUUCAAAGGAGGGCACAAGCUUGGCUGCUACGAGGAGCAGGCCCUCAUCAGCAUGAGCCGCCAAUAUCAGGGACAGAGCAGUUAUGAGAUUUUGCAUGAAGAUCAUUUUGGCAGCAUCUGCUGA